UGAAAUAGGGCAAAACUCACGCAAAAUAUUAGCCUUCUUUUUUGCUCAAGAAAAAAUAUUUAAUUCUCUCUCUCUCUAUUCUUCCCUUUUCUUUCAUCCUUCCUCACAAUCUGCAGCCCUGAUCUCAAGCAAGCAAUCCGAUAAAUUGAUUUGUUUAUAGCUUCAAAUUCAGCUGCGAUUUUCGUUUAGAUCCUUGCGUUACGUUUCUGUUCAGGAAUCAUGUCUCUUGCACGGCCUCACUGGGCUCGAGAUGGUCAUUUCCGAAGUGAUGGUAGGUCGUCUUAUGGCAGAAUGAGAGCAACAGCAGCUGCUAACUACGAGUGGAGCCACGAUUGCUCCUCUGAUUCAAACUUUUAUAUGAAGAAUCACGGCUCGUCCAGUGACUUCUCUCGGGACUUAAUGCAGUAUAGACCAAAGUAUGACCAUGUCUGGCAUGACGUCGUACCUCCUUCAAAGAGGAGGAAGGUCUCGGAUUUCUCGCAUGAAAACACUGGCAGGCCCUAUCAACAAUCACUUAUUCAUGAAAAUGGUCUUGAAAACACUGCUGGCAUUUGGCAACAUGUACCUCCCUUGUAUGCCAAUGCUUACAAUGGUGUUCCUUCAGCCUGCAACAAUAGGUCAGUUAUAACAGCUGGAAUGAGGCCUGAUGAUACCGGUUCUUAUUCUUCAACUACCUCCAAGCGGGACCGCUCAAAAUAUGAGGAUGAUGAAGAAGUGGUUUUCCUGUCAAGGGAUGAGAUAGAGAGGUGCUCUCCUUCAAGAAAAGAUGGCAUUGAUUUGCUGCAUGAGACACAUCUGCGAUAUUCGUACUGUGCCUUCCUUCAGAAUCUUGGAGUUCGGCUUGAUCUGCCACAGACCACUAUCGGAACUGCUAUGGUUGUGUGUCAUCGUUUUUUUGCUCGUCGCUCUCAUGCCUCUCAUGAUAGAUUUUUCAUAGCUACUGCUGCUCUUUUCCUUGUCUCUAAGUCAGAAGAGACACCACGACCUCUUAAUGACGUGCUGAGAGUGUCAUGUGAAACUUUCCACAAGCAGGAUUUCAUUGUGCUCUCUCGCAUGUUCCCUGUUGAUUGGUUUGAGCAAUAUCGUGAACGAAUUACAGAUGCUGAACAAUUGAUUUUGACAACCUUAAAUUUUGAGCUUGGCGUGGAGCAUCCUUAUGAAACUUUGACAUCCACUCUUGAAAAAUUAGGUUUCUCACAAUCCAUUUUGGUGAAUCUGGCGUUGAGCUUUGUCAGUGAAGGGGUCUAUAGAGGAUUAGCAUGCUCACCUUAUGAUAUUAAUAGCUGGCGGUUGAUGUGCUGUUCAUCAAAUGUUUUAUUUUUCAUCUGAAGUUGAAAUAGUGAUAUCAUGUGGAUGCCUUUUCCAUGCUGAACCUUAAUGACAUGCUCAUUGGCUGUAGAAGAUCAUGGAUGAAUCAAAUCUAAUAUUGUCAUUUGGGCAUUCUGAUCGGUGUUUGGGAAUCCAUAUUGGGAGCAUACGUUUCCCAUUGACUCUAUUUCCAUAUAGGAUGCCUAAGAACAGUCUCAGGGAUUCAUUUCUCGCUGCACUGCUUUUGCGAUUGUCUUUUAUUUUCAGAAUAGGACCCAACUGGUUUUCUUUCAUCACUUCCCAAAGGUCUUGCUUUCAUUACUUCCUAAAAAGACUUGCUUUCAUCACUUCCUAAAGUCACUUGCUUUCAUCACUUCCCGUAGACUUACUUUCAUUGUAUACACUAUCCACCUCCAAUAUUUCCAACCCCUGCAAACUUACAUUGAAGAUAUUCUAGUUUGCUUUGAUCUUCUAAACAACUCUCUAUGUCUUCCAUUCUUAUAGUACUCAAAGUUUUUGUUUUGAAAUUGGUCUGAUCAUCUGCAAUUUUAACAUUGCUGUGAGACAUAUAUGGUUAUGUCCUCUUUAUCUAGGCUUUUAAUAAAAGAGUCUUUGAAUUUGAAGAAAAUGAGUGUGUGGGAGUGUGCCCGUGGGGGUACGAAGUUGAUUCAAGACAUCUGCUAUUUUGCAUUUUCAGUGUAUGCAUUAAAAACAAACAUAUAUGGUUUAUUGGGUUAAUAAAUUUAUAGAUACUUUUUUGACACUCCCUCCCUCUUUGAAACCGGUAUGUUGAAACAGUGAGGGGGAGAGAAAGGAAUCAUUUGUGUCUUUCUCUUUAUUGGAAAGUAUAAUCUUUUCAUGGUCAAUAUGCAUCUUUUGGUAGCUUGCCGUCACAUUGCUGUGUGGCAUCAACCCAUCCUACCUUGUUUGUUUGUUAGGUAAUAGUACAAAACAGUGGAACCCACAGAAACAUAGCAAUUUCUUGGCUGGGAGAAGUAAUUGCA